AUGAUUUUGAAAAUUAUUUUCGUUUCAUUUUUUCUUUGCAAAUGUGGUUAUGCUGAUGAUAACAUGGAGUUCUUGGAUAUUACUGAAGGUCUCCCAGGGUCCAAGUGCAUCAGGGAUGGCGUGGAGGGCAUCUGUACCAGUAUCUACACCUGUCUCACUGCCGUCCAAGAUGUUAAGAAUAAGAAGUACCCACCUUUAUGCAGAUAUCAAGGAGACACGCCUAUUAUUUGCUGCACCGACUGCGAACUUGUCAAUGACACGAGAAACAUGUACAUAAGUCAAUCCAGCGGUCGAUGGUAUUUUCGAAAUGGACAGAAAGCUAGAGACAAAUGCCUGGAUUAUAUGCAGGAGUGGGAACCAUGUGGUGAUCAUUUUACCGCCACGAUAGCUAAGGACUUGGAUCCUAAGAGGAACUGCUAUGUGCCUCGUCCGACAGCCGUAGGAGUGGUCGGUGGAAACGAUGCUGAACGAGGGAAAUUUCCUCAUAUGGCUUUACUAGGGUAUGGGUUCGACGAAGAUUCAGCUCAAUGGGUCUGUGCUGGGUCUCUGAUCAGCGAAAACUUCAUCCUGACUGCUGGCCACUGUAUUUCCAGCCCAUCACUAGGUCAAGUGAAGUAUGUAGCUCUAGGCAUCCUGAAACGGACCGAUCCUUCUGAACUUUGGCAGAAGUACCACGUGAAGAGGAUCAUCGCUCACCCUGAGUAUAAACCUCCUUCAAAGUACAAUGACAUUGCAUUACUUGAGACUCAAACCCGGGUCAUCUUCUCCGAGGUUGUAAGACCAGCGUGUAUACAUUAUGAAGAGAUCCAGAACGAUAACAAAGCUGAAGCCACCGGUUGGGGAGCGCUAGGGCUUCGCAGAGAAUUGGCUGAUACAUUGCAAUCUGUAUACCUCCAGGAGUUUCCAGAAGACGAGUGUUCCAAGCUGUACCCUCUACACAGGCUGUUGCGACGAGGGUAUGAUCACAGCACACAGAUGUGUUAUGGUCAUCAUCAGGAAGUCAAGGAUACUUGUGAGGGUGACAGCGGAGGUCCUCUUCAGAACAAAUUCCACAUAUCCUCCUGCCAGUACGUGGUGAUAGGGAUCACCUCUACCGGGAGACAAUGUGGAAUCCUCGGGAGUACUGGAUUGUAUACCAGAGUGUACACGUAUCUACAUUGGAUUGAGUCUAUUGUGUGGCCUUAA